AUGGUUGAAGUGCUGGUAGAGGAAUUUGAUCUAAAAGUGGCGAACAUGCCAGGACACAUUCCCACGUACGAUCGUGAAGGUAUGGGUACGUCAAACAUCGACGUCACGCUACUCGCACCCCAAACUCGCAAUCUAGCCAGCGAGUGGAAGGUCUGUGAUGUGACAGACAGUGAUCAUAACGUUGUGUCGUUCAAACUCAAUCUCAGGGACAGAGCUCCACGCGGUCCAGAAGCCUACCGGUUCAACACCCGGAAAGCAGACUGGGAGACUUUUUCACGAAGCCUUUGUGUUUCUAAACUGACCAUAGACGCGUCUACCGUUGAUACACAAGCACGCACUAUCAUAAACGCCUUGCAGAUAGCGGCAAGAAAGUACAUACCCCGACUUAAGCGCCCGGGCGGUUACACCGGGAAGCAGCCAUGGUGGACGUCAGAACUGACAUCUCUUCGAGCUGAACUUUCUAGAAACAGGCGCUUGCCUCUCCACCGUACAAAGAGACCAGAAUAUAACACAGUACGCAACAACUAUCUUCAAUCAAUAAGAAAGACAAAGGAUACCGCAUAG